AUGGAGAAUCUCACGGCGCAAUUUCUCCAUGGCGCGACGUUACAGAAGCUACCUCCUCCGCUAUGGAACUCGAACACAAGAUUUCUCACUUCCAUUAACUCGAGACCUAAACUCGUCACCACCUUAUCCUCUUCUCUCCGCCGCUCUCUGCCGUGUUCUCUCGAUGGUUUCGCUGAAGACGCGACGCAAUCCUCCUCUCUUCUCUCCGAUAGCUAUCACCACCACCGGUUUCUCAAUUCAUUACUGCGACGGCUCGAGCUUCCCGGUUCAUGUCCUCUACGGCUGUUUCAAGAGGAUGGAGACUGGAGCAAAGACCAAUUCUGGGCAGUGAUUCGAUUUCUCCGUAACUCCUCAAGACCCCACGAGAUUCUUCCUGUUUUUGAUGCGUGGAAGAAUCUAGACCGUUCGCGAAUAAACGAGGCUAACUAUGAGAAGAUUAUAAGGUUCUUAAGUGCAGAAAGAUCGAUGGAUGAAGCAAUUCGAGCUUUCCAAAGUAUGCUUGAUGAUCAUGAGCUAAUCCCUUCUUUGGAAAUCUACAAUUCGAUCAUUCAUGGUUAUGCUAAUGACGGGAAGUUUGAAGAAGCUAUGUUCUACUUGAAUCAGAUGAAAGAGAACGAUCUCUUACCUAUUACCGAGACAUACGACGGAUUGAUUGAAGCAUACGGUAAAUGGCAAAAGUACGAUGAGAUUGUUCAGUGCAUCAAGAGAAUGGAAUCUGAUGGUUGUGUGCGUGACCAUGUCACUUAUAACUUACUCAUACGCGAGUUUGCACGAGGAGGGUUGCUUAAGAGGAUGGAGCAAAUGUAUCAGAGCUUGAUGUCGAGGAAGAUGACUCUGAAGCCUUGUACAUUGGUGUCAAUGCUUGAAGCUUACGCAGAGUUUGGUGUAUUGGAAAAAAUGGAGGAUACGUAUGAAAAGAUUGUAAGGUUUGGGAUUUCUUUAGAUGAGGAUUUGGUUAGGAGGUUAGCUAAUGUUUACAUCGAUAACCUCAUGUUCUCGAGACUCGACGAUUUGGGUCGUGGCAUUCGUAGGAACGAUCUGGCUUGGUCUCUGAGGCUUCUGUGCCAUGCGUGUCUUGUGAGUCGAAAAGGUUUGGAUUAUGUUGUUAAAGAGAUGGAAGAAGCUAGAGUUUCUUGGAAUACGACUUUUGCUAAUAUCGUUCUUUUAGCUUACGCAAAGAUUGGGGAUUUCAAGAGCAUCGAACUGUUUCUCUCCGAUCUAAGGACGAAACGUGUGAAGCUUGAUCUUGUGACUGUAGGAAUCGUCUUCGACUUGAGCGAAACUGGGUUCGAUGGUACUGAAGUUUUCAUGGCUUGGAAAAAGAUUGGGUUUCUCGAUAAGCCUGUGGAGAUGAAGACUGAUCUUUUAGUUCAUGCUGCUUUUGGGAAAGGACAGUUUCUUAGAAGCUGUGAAAAGAUGAAGAUUCAGUCUCUUGGAAAGUCAUGGAGUUACCAGAGUCUAAUGGAACUUGUGGUUAAGAAUCAGAAAACUGAAGCUUAUAAUGUAUCUAGAGACUAA